UCCCUUUUUUUUUUUUUUCAUCCUCCCCAAAAUCAUCUCAAUCAAACAUACCCCAGGCAAGAAAAAUAUGGCCAUGGUAUAUUAUAGUCUUUGAGUGAUGUUAAGGUUACUACAAAAUUUUUUACAUAACCUUUACUGCUUGAGGGUCACUGAUUCAAAAAAAAAGGGCCACCAAUUAUAAAAUUGUAAUUCAAACAUUUAUUUGUUAUGUUGUUGAAAUCUAUCAAUGAUAUUCAUUUUCACAUCCAUUUGUAAUAUCUCUUAACAUUUUCGUAUUGUCUUUUGUGAAAUAGAUUUACUCAAGCCAAAAAUAUUUGUUCCAAGGGCGAAUGAAUACUUUUAUACCCCUUUUUGCUUUGUUUUGUGUGAAAGAAACACCAACCAUAAGAAAAAGCUCAGCCUAUUCUUAGAUUUUAUUGGGUUCUCUUGGCUUCUUUGGUUGUGUAAUUUGUUGUAAUUUACGCUUUAUUUUGUUAUUUUCACUUUGUUUUUCGAGUAAAAUUAUAAUGGGUUCUGUUGUGUUGCUUUGUUAAUUAAACUGUUCUAAAGUACAAGUUAAUUUUCUAUGUUCAUGUAGUUUUUCAAGUAUCCUUUUUGAAAAUUAUAAUGGUUUUCUCUUUAUUUGUUCUGUUGAGUGAUUUUCUGGUAAUGUAUGUGCUUAAUUUGUUAUGGUCAUGUAGUUUUCUUAGUAUACUUUUCAAAAUUAUAAUGGGUUCUCUUGUGUUGAUUUGUUAAGUAAAUUGUUGUAAAGUACAAGUUAAUUUAUUAUGUUCAUGUAGUUUUUCAAGUACUCUUUUUGAAAAUUAUAAUGGGUUUCUCUUGAUUUAUUUUGUUGAGUGAUUUUAUGUAAUGUAUGCGCUUAAUUUGUUAUGGUCAUGUAGUUUUCUUAGUAUACAUUUUGAAAUUACAAUGGGUUCUCUUGGUCUACUUUUAAAAGUGAUUUGUUGUAAAGUACAAGUUAAUUUGUUAUGUUCAUGUAGUUUUUUGAGUAGACUUUUAGAAAAUUAUAUUGGGUAGUCUUGGUUUGUUUUGCUAAGUAAUUUUUAGUAGAGUACGUGCAUAUUUUUUAUAUUCAUGUAGUUUUUCUAGUAUCCUUUUUGAAAUUAUAAUGGGUUCUCUUGGUUUGUCGUGUGAAGUAGUUUGUUGUAAGACGCAUGUUAAUUUGUCAUAUAAUGUAGUUGUUGGAGUAUCCUUUAUGAAAACUAAAAUGAGUUGUCAUGGUUUGUUGUUAAUUUUUUAUGUAAAUGUUAUAAUCUUAUCUUUUUUGUGAAAAUUUUAAUUAAUUCUUUUGGUUUUCUUUGUAAUUUAUUAUUGCCGUUCGUACAUGUUAAUUUCUUACAUUAAUGAAGUUCUUUAAGUAAUCUUUACUUAAAUUAUGAUGCAGUCUCCUGGUUUCUUGUCUGUUUGUUAUGUACAUAUGAGCAUGUUAGGUUAUUACUUCUGUGGGAUGAUUGAAGUAAAGAAUUACUGUUAGUUGCUAUAAUGAACAUUUAGAUUUUUUUUCUGAAAGAAAACAGAAAGGUUGCUGUUUAGCUCUUUCCAGGAAUAUGUUAAGAAAUUAUAUAUUCGUUGAGCUCUGAUUGGUUUUUGUCACAUUAUCAUUCUUCUCCAUGAAGAGUUCUUUGAAAUAUCCUUACAUGUAUUGAAUAUCCUUCACUUGGUUGAUAGCUGUGUUUACACCAUAUGUUCUCAGAAACAACCUUAUAGUAUUCAAGGCAGCUUUAUGAAAGAUACAAAACGGCUUUGGAAUAGAGCAUUGCUUCAGUGGUUGUGUGGUUAUUGAUUCAAGAGAAAGAAGGUGCUUUUCAGUACUUACAGCAGGCCUCUAGAUAAUUUACCUGAGGUAUUUCUAGACCAAUGCAUGGUCGUUGAUCAUUGGGCUUCCUGAUAGUGCCUUAAAUUGAUCUUACAUGAAGUUGAAGAACUCUGCAAAGUAAAUAAGUUGAAGCAACACUAUGUCUGAUGAUUUAUUUGCUAUGGAAGCUGGUCCUUUUUCAAACAUGUAAGGUGAAAGGUAUUCUAACCGGGUUGAGUUUUCCAUGCUUUCUCAAUUGGUCUUUGCAGUUAUAAGUUGAAUUAGCCAUUGCAUUCCUAGAAAAAGAUAACAAAAGCUAGCACAUUGUAAGAAUUAUUUCCUCCUAGAAGCACUUUUUGGUUUUAUAGUUUUGGAAUUAUUUUUUUCUCAAAAGAAGUUCACAUUUAUAUCCGCUCUUCCUUGCCAAAUUCUAUACAAUGGGUAUGCACUGCUUCUUUGUUUUGAGCUUUUCAGCAUUGUGCGUAGCUAACUAGAAAGGAUAAAUCUGUUCAAACUAAUACUAGGAUCUGAAAUCUGGUGCUUAUCACAUAGAGAAUGGUCUUUCUUCUGAACAAACUAGUCCAUUGGUGUUCUGCUCUAUCUGGUAUCUCUUGCAGAUUGUAAAAUGGAAGUUGACGAGUGAAACUGCACAAGUAUUGAUUGAAAAACAAAAGACUGAACCCUGACACAGCAACUUAUCAGGAUUUUCUAUCAAAAUAUGCUGACAUGAGACUUGAAGAGGGAAGUUGUGUCACUGUCAAAAUAAUGGUCCAUGCAAUAGUGAAAGCUCAUCUUUUAGUAAUUGGGAGGUGUAAGUGGAACAAGAAACACAAAUACACUGAUUUUUGUAAGCAAAUUAAUGAUGCGUAAUCUAUGCUGGAAGUGAUAGGAUUAACAAUAUGCCAUUUCGAAAUAAAAAGUCCAUGUGGACGUGUAUGUAUGUGCCUUUGAAAUAAAAAGUCCAUAUGUAUGUGUAUGUAUGUGCCUUUCUUCUACGAUUAAGCAGUUUUGGUUGUAUUUUUGUGUGUUGAUUCAUUAAAUUACUAGUAAACCACCUACAAUUUUGACAUUUUUUCCACUUGCAAAUAGUUUUUCUCUUUUGGUGGAAGAUCAAGUUAAAUUUAGCUAUAGUGGUGGUGACUGAAUAGCUCUUAGUGGCUGCAAUAAAGUAAUAGUGGCCACUUGGUGAAAAGUGUUAGUAUAGACAAGCAAGCAAAAAGAAAGAAAACGUAAAUGUCAGUAUGAAUUUUGGACUUGGAACAAAAAAAAUUAAAUUAAAGAGAAUAGAUAAGUCUAAGUUGGCAAGCAAGCAUAAAUACCUUGUCUAUUUUUUUCUCUUGUUCCACAUGAAUUAUACAAGUCUAAGUUGGCAAGUAAGCAUAAAUGCCUUGCUUUGCCUACUUCUCUUUUUUGACACAAUGGCAUAAUAAUUUUCUAUAUAUAGUAGAAGUUAUAGAUGAUUUCUACAUGAACUUGGCUUUCACAAAACUAAAAUUGAGGCUAACUUGGAGGCUUUCUUAGGGUGUCUUGAAGCCAAAAUAUUAUUCUUAUCUUUAACAAGAAGAUGGAGCAGCCGCAGCAGCACCGGCUUCUACAUUUUUGCGAUUCAAAGCAUCCCUUGGUCUUCGAACAAGACUACCGAAAUGGAGCUACUUGUUGGGGGUGCCAAGAAUCAGUUUAUGGUCCUAGCUACUAUUGUGUAGAAUGCGCAUCUGUAGAGGGAAUGUGGUUGCGAUACAGACAUCAUAAAUCAUGUGCGGAAUUGCCGCUUGGGUUGCACCAUCCCUUGCACCCAAUCCAUCCUCUCAUUCUCUUUGAUGAAAAGACACAUUAUCCUGAAGAAGAAGAAGAAGAACACAAACAAAAGACCAAAUGCCAGCUCUGCAAUGAAUCUCGCCGACAAUACACUUAUCGCUGUUACCGCUGCGACUUCAACGUUCACGCCACAUGUACUCCCUUAUCGCCCACCAUCGAAUCUGAAGUCCACCACCACCCAUUAACCCCCUUUUGGAAGUGGAUUACGUUCACUUGUAACCUUUGUGCCAAAGAAGUCAAGGGUAUACCUAAUAAUUGUGACCUAUGUGGUUUCUGGGUUCAUAAUACUUGUGCUUCUUUGCCGCGCACACUCAAGGUUAAACGUCACGAGCACCUCCUCCACCUCACCCAUUCUUAUCUUGAAGUUGGACUCCACCAAUCCGACUCUCGAUUUUGUCUGAUCUGUGCUCAAAAAGUGAAUACAAACUAUGGGUUUUACUUUUGCUCCAGAUGCGAUUUCGUUGCUCACAUCAAUUGUGCUGCGGACUACAGAUAUAGGGAGUACAUGAAUUUGCAGGAACUUAAAGAGUUGGAGAAUGAUGAUAAAGAGCUCAAUCAAUCUGUUGACUCAGCAGCUUACGAAGUCAAAAAUAUCAAAGUGAGGGAGGACGGAACUGAAAUAGCCAUAGAAAUCAAACAUUUUAGUCAUGAGCAUGACUUAAAGCUUUCGGAUGAUGAGGUUCUGAUUAAUGAAAAAUACAACGGGUGCGUGCAAGCUAUUUUCCCUCCUUUUUAUAGUUGUGUAAAUUGUAGUUUCUUUUUACAUGAAUCUUGUGCUAAAUUACCUAGAAAAAAACGACACCUGCUUCAUCAACACCCACUCACCCUCUUCCCAGAUCUACCUUAUAGGAGGUGUUAUGCCUGUAAAUGUCAUUUCAAUGGCUUCAUCUAUUCAUGUUUAAGAUGCGAGUUUAGUCUUGAUAUUUCAUGUAGUUUAAUCUCAGACAUCCUUACCCACCCUGGUCAUGAGCAUCGACUUCUUCUUUCAAGCAUAGAAUCUGAACAUAAUUGCAGUUGUUGUGAUUCUAAAACGUACCCAAUAUUCCUUUGUACCACUUGUGAAUUUGCUUUGGACAUAAAAUGCGCUACACUACCACAAGUCACAAGGUACAAACAACAUGAGCACCCCUUUACUCUCUAUUAUAUUGUUGAAGAUGACUCCGGUGAAUAUUAUUGUGAUAUUUGUGAAGAAGAAAGAGACCCAAAGCAUUGGUUUUACUUUUGUGUGAAUUGUAGUUAUCCUGCCCAUCCCAAAUGUAUACUUGGGAGAUAACCAAAGUACAAAUUUGGAGUUUCUCACACAUUUGAUUUUCAUCCACACCCCCUUACUUUCAUUGAAGAAACUAAAGACCACCCUCAAUGUAACAAAUGUAAUGGUUCUUGUGUAGAGUUGAUAUAUCAAUGUGUUUCAUGUAAUUUCAACAUGCACUAUUAUUGUGUAUGAA